GGGAGGGGUGGCACUACAAGAGCACGAUUGUUUCCCCUCUUCUACUGUGGAGUUUAGGACUGAGAGAGGACGACGUAGCACACUAGCUAGUCAGUAGGAGUAGCUGAUUCAACCCUGAACUGCGCAUGAGGAGGGACAUAGGAGGUGUCUGGAAUAUAAACAUAACUAACCCUGACCCAUGUACACAAAGGGGCAGCAGCAGUAGUAGGUUGGAUGCGGGUUGUGUGUGCGGUGCUGUGCCUUGGCCUUGUCGGGGCGCUGCAGCGUGAGCAGGUAGCUCAGCAUGCCAUCAAGCUGCAUCGGGGCAGGAGUGCUGUGGCCAAGCACGCUUGGAGCUGGGUGUCUGAUAACUGCCGGCGCCUGGGCAGCCUCAUCCGACAGAAGAACACGGCCAUUAAGAAGCUAGCUGUGGCUGCAGUCGCUGUGGGGCGAGACCACUCCCUCUCAGACCCAGAGAGACUCUUCCAGGUUCACACUCUGGAGGUGUUCCAGAAGGAGCUGAAUGAGAGCGAACGCUCAGUCUUCCAGGCGGUGGUGGGCCUGCAGAGGGCGCUGCAGGGAGACUACAGGGACGUGGUCAACAUGAAGGAAAGCAGCCGUCAGAGACUGGAGGCCCUCAGAGAAGCAGCCAUUAAGGUUCAGCAGGAGUAUGUAGAGCUGGUAGCAGCAGAGAAGCACCAGGUGGAGGCUGUGAAGAGUGCCCUGGCCCAGAACAAGACCCUGUCCAUGCUGGAUGAGAUCCUCGAGGACGUCAGGAGACUGGUUCAUCUGGAGGAACAAUUCCAGGACCACGCCUUCGACAACAAUAAACAGAUGAAUGGAGUGCACGUAGCCAACGUGGAGGCGGUGCUGAGAGUGGAGGAGGAGGAGGAAGACGGAGGGAAAAGAAGAAGGAACGCGUCAAGGAGAGGUGGAGAGGUGGAGGACGACGUGGGGCUGAGCAUGCUCAUCGACUCCCAGAACAACCAGUAUGUUCUGACCAAGCCCAGAGACUCCACCAUGCCCCGCUCCGAUCAACACUUCAUCAAGGACCUGGUCUCCGUAGUGAUGCUGUCUCUGCCAUGUGGUUGGCUGUGCACUAUGAUGGGCCUGCCCCCCAUGUUUGGUUACAUCGUCUGUGGAGUCCUCCUGGGUCCCUCUGGACUCAACAGCAUCAAGUCUAUGGUGCAGGUAGAAACGCUGGGAGAGUUGGGAGUGUUCUUCACUCUCUUCGUGGUCGGUCUCGAGUUCUCCCCAGAGCGACUUCGGAAGGUGUGGAAGAUCUCUGUGCAGGGUUCAUGCUACCUCAGUCUGUUGAUGGUGGCUACAGGGCUGCUGUGGGGUCAGGUGCUGCAUAUCCGUCCCACCCAGACCGUCUUCAUCUCCUCCUGUCUCUCUCUAUCCUCCACACCACUGGUCUCACGCUUCCUGGCUGGGGGCGCCCGCGCUGACAAGGACGGGGAGCUGGACUACAGCAGUGUUCUCCUGGGGAUGUUGGUAAUGCAGGAUGUUCAGCUGGGUCUGUUCAUAGCCGUCAUGCCCACCCUCAUACAGGUGUCAUCUGGCCACCUGGACAGUGUCCUGUUUGGAGGUCUGCACGUCCUCCUGCUCCUGUCCCAGGUCCUGUUCUCUCUGGCUAUGGUACUACUGCUGUGUGUUCUCCUCAAAUCCUUCCUGAUUGAGGUUAUGUUUCCUGUGACAGAGUUCCUGGGCAUUUCCAUGGAGCUGGGCUGCUUCCUGGCUGGAGCGCUUCUCUCCUCGCAGGGUCACAUUUGCACCACGGAGGUCAUGGGCUGCAUCGAGCCAAUCAGAGACUUCCUCGCCAUCAUCUCUUCGCUCCAUUGGUCAGAGAACUGA